ACAUCAAGAAGUAAACAUGAAGCUACAGUUGGCCCUCGUUUUAUGUGGUUUGACUCUGGCCUUGGGCCAGAUUGUUCCCCGCAGCUCCUGGUGUCCUGUGCCACUCUCGCCGAGAUUGCCAAGGCUCGUGGUACCGGUUCGACUGAUUAUCAUCCAUCACACAGUCACGGCUCCUUGCUUCAAUCCGCAACAGUGCCAGCUGGCACUUAGGCGAAUCCGAGCCGAUCAUAUGCGCAGGAAAUUCAGGGAUAUUGGCUAUAACUUCCUGAUCGGCGGAGAUGGUCGGAUCUACGAGGGCUUGGGUUUCGGCAUCCGCGGGGAGCAUGCUCCUCACUAUAACAGCCAGUCCAUUGGCAUUGCUUUCAUUGGCAACUUCCAGACUGGACUACCUCCUUCGCAAAUGCUGCAGGCUGCCCAGACACUCAUCCGAAUCGCCGUGCAGCGUCGCCAGGUUUCGCCCAACUAUUCCCUGGUGGGUCAUUGCCAAACAAAGGCCACCGCUUGUCCGGGCAGACAUCUUCUGAACGAGCUCAAAAAGUGGCCACGCUGGCAGCCGAAGCCUUAAGUUCCCAUAAGUCAUCCGAACGUUGAUGUGAUCGAAUUAAAGAUGUAAAUUUCACUUAGAAAUGUGUUCCUAACGUACAUCUUAAAACCUCUUUUCUAUAGAUAAAUGGAUGUAAAUAAUUGUGCAUAUUACAAGUAAAUACAAAUUUUAGA